AUGUCCUCCGCCGCCCUCCGCUCUGCCGUCCAGCAGUCUCGCCGCACCGCGUUCGCGCGCUCGGCCCGCUUUGCAUCCACCUCUGCAAAGGCCCCCACGCUCAAGGAGCGUCUCGCCGAGCUCAUCCCUGCUGAGAUUGAGAAUGUAAAAGCGACGCGUGCGGCGCACGGCAAAAAGUCGUUCGGCCCCGUCAUCGUCGACCAGCUCUACGGUGGUAUGCGUGGCCUCCCUGCCCUCAUCUGGGACGGCUCCGUCCUCGAUGCUGAGGAGGGUAUCCGUUUCCGUGGCAAGACCAUCCCGGAUAUCCAGGAAGCGCUCCCCAAGGCCCCUGGCGGGACUGAGCCUCUUCCUGAGGGCCUCUUCUGGCUCCUCGUCACCGGCGAGAUCCCCACCCAGGAGCAGGUCACCGCGCUCUCCAAGGAGUGGGCUGCGCGCUCGGCCAUCCCCUCGUUCGUCGAGGAGAUCCUGGACCGCUGCCCGCCGACGCUGCACCCGAUGUCCCAGUUCUCCCUCGCUGUGACUGCCCUUAACCACGAUUCGGCGUUUGCCAAGGCGUACGCCCAGGGCAUCAACAAGAAGGACUACUGGCAGCCCACUUACGAGGACACCAUGGACCUGAUUGCGAAGCUCCCCAACAUUGCUGGGCGCAUCUUCCGCAACGUGUACGGCGGUGGCAAGCUCCCCGCCAUCGAGGCCGACAAGGACUACUCGUACAACCUGGCCAAGCUCCUCGGCUACGCCGACAAGCCCGAGUUCGUUGAGCUCCUCCGUCUCUACAUCACGAUCCACUCGGACCACGAGGGUGGCAACGUCUCUGCGCACACCGGCAAGCUCGUCGGCUCCGCGCUCUCGGACCCCUUCCUCGCGUUCGGCGCGUCCUUGAACGGUCUCGCCGGCCCCCUCCACGGUCUCGCGAACCAGGAGGUGCUCAUCUGGCUCCGCAAGAUGCAGUCCAAGCUCGGCGAGAACCCGACGGACGAAGACGUGCGUGAGUACGUCUGGACGACGCUCAAGGGCGGCCAGGUCGUCCCUGGGUACGGCCACGCCGUGCUCCGCAAGACGGACCCGCGUUACACCGCGCAGCGUGAGUUCGCGCUGAAGCACUUGCCCGAGGACCCCAUGUUCCAGCUUGUCAGCAAGGUCUACAACGUUGUCCCCAACGUCCUCCUCGAGGCCGGCAAGGCGAAGAACCCGUGGCCCAACGUCGACGCGCACUCCGGUGUGCUCCUGACCCACUACGGACUGGACCAGAUGAACUUCUACACCGUCCUGUUCGGUGUGUCGCGCGCCUUCGGUGUCGCCGCUCAGCUCAUCUGGGACCGUGCUCUCGGUGCCCCCCUCGAGCGCCCCAAGUCCUACUCGACCGCGGCCAUCAACACGAUCUUCAAGGACAAGCAGUAA